CUCGAAAUCAAAACUAAUAGGUCUGUGUAUGCACGACUAGCACUAUAAUCGCCUGUCGAUUCUUGCCACAGCAACGGAGGAAAGGUGUCCUAUUUUCAUGCUUUCAAAAAGACAGAUGAACCAAAUGAUGACACCUGAAUGUGCCUUCGAUAUCAGCCACGACUUAUCCAGUUCAAGGAACGCUGAUGAUGAAUAUACAUGUAGUAAUAUCAGUCACAGAUUGGUGACAUCUAAAUCUUCUUUAGUAGAGACACGUUGUCCUCGACAGCUGAAAAACUUGUUAACAUUCCUCUGCCUGGCUGAGAAACUUUGCUGAAUCUGCUUUGUUUAAUAAAUCGUCCGUGCCAAGGCUGGAUUUAUCGCCCAGCGUUUUUCAUUCAUAAGGAAAUCACUGCUGAAGGUUGUCUAUCUUUUUGCGAUGGGUACAGAGGUUUGCGGGAAGAGUUAAGGUUUGUUGGAUAUGACUAGUCCUCUGAGGAAGCAGCGAGGUGAUCAAGGUAUGAGACUUGGGAAUCCUAGCGUGACUCUCUCCACCUGUGACCCUAAGCAGCAGCCAGCCUACCUGCAGCCUAAGGGAGACGGCUUGGGCUGGCCGGAAAGCACCAUGUUCCACAGACAGAACCUAAGUGACGAGCUCUUGCCCAGAAUGACCGGAGGUUCACCGGCAAACGAUCCAAGGAUGGCCCACCUUGGCGUGGGACACAUCAACACCAGCUCGAAAAGCAUGGAUGGGUUGAAUUCAAACGCAGGGGCUCUGUCCGCGGAGCAUCCAGCGUUUGCACGGACAAGACAGUAUCGGAGCAUGUCUAACGAUGAUAUGAAAACUGAGAUGCUGCCUCAGAAGCGCAUGCCGGGAGAACCGACCAAUUACAUGGAAGCCGCAGCGGCCGCGUUGCAGUCUGGGAAGGGAUCCAGUAUCAUUGAUAACUUGAUGAAAGAAUAUAGGAGUGGAAACCUGUAUGCCCGUCAACCGGCGGAUUUAUUACUACCUAGUGCCAAAGAAGACCCCACACAAAUGCCUGCACAAAUGAAGACUGACCUCGCUCUGCACAGAGAAAACAGUGCCCCGCAGCUUAGUGCCUCAAGAGAGAGACAUAUGAAAUCUCCACCAGAAUAUCCAGGACAUUCACGGUUUGCGCAGAACUUUGAUCUUACGCCGUCCAGCACGCCUCGUGCAUCAUCGCCGCAGUCGGUAAUGUCGGACAUGGACUUUCCAACGGGUAGGAGCAAUCGCAGUGUGUUUGGUUCCAGGGACACAUCAUCUGUGUUUGGAGACUUUGAUACUAGUCUGAGCUCAAGGAGUAGAGGUAGGGUACAUUCUCCCUUCUCGACAAUGCAUAUGUCGGACUUUGAUAAAGGAGCGCCGCCACCGGAAUAUCCAGGAUUUAAGCGAACGCCGUGGCAGAGCCAUUCCGGGCGGGAGUUCCGGUCUAGAAAGGAGAGUGCGACGGUCGACCACAGUCGCGCCUCCAGUUUUGGAUCCUAUCAGCAUUCCUUGAACAUGAAGAGGCUGUCCUCGGAGACUAGCUAUGACAGCAGCAGAGCAAGGUAGGCCCUUCAUGAUGUCCCUACU